AACUAUUAUUGUAAGGAGCCGCUUAUCGUCGUCGGGUGUGGCGUGUGGCGAUCUCCAAAGGGUAAAGGGGGUUUUGCGAGAGAGAUAGAAAAUAUUGGUUGAAUCCCCGGCGUGAGAACUCAAAAUUUGUCAUUUCAAUAAUUCCUCUUUGGAGAGGUUCAAAAAUUAAAAAUAAAUUGAGGGAGUGAGUAAAAAGUUUCGAGAUGUCGGGGCAACUUCCUGCGUGUGUUAUCGAUGUUGGAACCGGAUACACGAAGCUGGGCUUCGCAGGAAACAGAGAUCCUCAGCUGAUAAUACCGUCAGCGAUAGCUCUGAAGGAAACUGCCAAAGUCGGUGACAAUUCUGCUAGAAGAGUGACCAAGGGUGUAGAAGAUCUGGAUUUUUAUAUUGGCAAUGAAGCCUUUGAAGCAACAGGAUACUCAGUCAAGUAUCCAGUACGGCAUGGAUUGGUGGAAGAUUGGGACCUCAUGGAGCGCUUUCUAGGUCAAUGUAUUUUCAAAUAUCUUCGAGCAGAACCAGAAGAUCAUCAUUUCUUGCUGACCGAGCCACCCCUUAAUACCCCAGAGAAUCGGGAAUACAUGGCUGAAAUAAUGUUUGAGUCAUUCAACGUUCCAGGCCUGUACAUCGCUGUUCAAGCUGUUCUCGCCCUUGCUGCUUCUUGGACAGCCAAGUCUGUGGGAGAUAGAGUACUCACAGGCAUUGUUGUUGACAGCGGGGAUGGAGUUACUCAUGUCAUUCCUGUGGCAGAAGGAUACGUAAUAGGUAGUUGCAUAAAAAACAUCCCAAUCGCUGGUCGAGACAUAACGUAUUUCAUCCAAAGCUUAUUGCGAGAGCGAGAAAUCGGUAUACCGCCAGAACAAUCGCUCGAGACAGCAAAAGCUAUAAAAGAAAAAUAUUGUUACAUUUGUCCGGAUAUUGCGAAAGAGUUUGCGAAAUACGAUAGCGACGCGAGCAGAAUAAAGCAGUAUCUUGGAGUAAACAAUAUCACUCAACAAAGCUUCAACGUCGACGUUGGCUACGAGCGUUUUCUGGGCCCAGAAAUAUUUUUCCAUCCCGAAUUUGCGAAUCCAGAUUUCACGACACCCCUGGACCAGAUCGUCGACGACGUUAUUCAAAAUUGUCCGAUCGACGUGAGAAGACCGCUUUACAAAAAUAUCGUUCUUUCCGGUGGUUCUACCAUGUUCAAAGAUUUUGGUAGACGUUUGCAACGCGAUGUGAAAAAGACCGUAGAUGCGAGGCUCAAAAGUAGCGAAAAACUCAGCGGAGGACACAUUACGCCGACUGCGAUAGACGUUCGCGUGGUGUCUCAUCACAAGCAGCGAUGCGCAGUGUGGUUCGGUGGUGCAUUAUUGGCGAGCGGUCCCGAGUUUUACGACGUGUGUCACACGAAGAAAGACUACCAAGAAUACGGUCCGAGUAUUUGUCGUUACAAUCCAGUUUUCCGGAGUUUGGUUUAAAAUCGAUGGUAAAAGAAAAGGUUCCAGCCUUAGUGGCUUAUCGCUGAAUUAAAUUACCCAGAAAAAAUAAAAACAGUCUGAAAAAAUCAAUGGUAAUCCAAGCUCAUACGAACGGCGAUGUUUUCUGUAACUUAUUAAGGUAAAAUACUAACUCAUACACGCUAUUCAAAUGAGGACUGAAUUUUCUGAACACAUCUAUGCAAAGUUAAAUAAAAAUAUUAAAGAAAAAAGAGCCUGCUUUAAAGAGUUGACUUGAAGCAAACUUUCACGAUGUCCUAUUUUUUCAUCGAGAUACUUGAAAAUAAAACCCUCAACCAUUUUUAAUGCACCACGUUUUAUUUCAUUCUUCUACGCAUCUAUCGUCAGAAUUUUUUCUGAGCUUCAUUACUUGAAUGCUGCAGUCGAAUGUUUGAUUGGUUGAAAAAUAGUCGUAAAUCGAAAGUAAGCAUCGUAUCAAGAUUGCAGAAAAAACUACGGUCCAAAUUACACUGGUAGAAUUGAAGGCGACCAACAUAUACGAAUCAUUUCCCGAAAAAUAUCGAUAUAAAUUUGCAGAUCAUGGGGCAGUCGAUUACAAAGUCGGGUCUGUUUAUCUUGUAAAUUACUUUUAUACUUCGCAUAAAUGUGUUUUGUAAAUUUAGCACUCAUUCGACUCGUGCAAAAUAGCGAUAUGAUAACGAAAAUGUCUUGAGAAUUCACUUGCGAAAUUUUCAUCUUUGUUUCUCUCUCCAAGAAAUUAUUCGAUUUAAUAACAACAGAGAACAAAGUAAUCGAAUAAAUUGAAUGAUUCCAUUUAAUUCGAAGUCCUGAAAUGGAAGAAGUAUUCUAAGCAUUUUACAAUAUCUGACAAAUUUUAUUCGAUAAUAUUUAAUGUUUCUUUUUGAAACUUAGAAAUUACAUCGAAAAUCGAAAUGUGUCUGCAUGCGUUAAUAGCAGAGAGGUCGAAAAUAUUAAAAAAAAAAGAGCUCUAACCGCGUUUACAUCAAAUUUUGUAUAGAAUUUAAAAAAUGUACAUACAAAUAAUCCUUGAUAAGUAAAUUUUUCCUUUUUUAUUCCAA